AUGAAAUGGGUGAUCAGUAGCUACCGUGUGUUUCUUUUUCAGUUUGACAAGGAAACUCAGGCCGAUCUCUCAGAGCUGUAUGGAGGAUUUAUGUUUGCGCAAAAGCGAAUUAGGCAGCAAUUGCAAAUUUGCAAACACUGGCCACCGAUUGCCCAAUUUUUCGAGAAGUGUAGACAAGAUCCACGCUCGGCCAGGCGGUCCUUAGAGGAUUGUCAUAUGGUGAUAGUACAACGUUGGACGAAAUUUGAAACGCUGCUGGAUGUCAUCAUACGAAACACUUUGAAUCAUCCAAGCGAAUCUGAGAAACUGGAGGCCGUUCGAAAUGCCAUUCGAGGCCUCCUUAAAGGUGCGGAGUCCGUGAUGACGGCGCGGGAGCAUGCAAAUAAACUACGCGAAUUUGCUGCACGGCUUAUUGUUCCCAACUCCACAGGGGGUGAUGGUACUGAGGAGCAUCGUUUACUGAAGGUAAUGCGAUUGCCUUCCACUCGUCUCAUCAAUUACGGUCUCUUGCGCAUCACACCACACGCAACUGGCCAACAAGCUUCGUCGGCGCCCGUGGAGGCAAUCGGUGUUGCGCUUGAUACCUGCUUCUUUGUUCUACAAAAAUGUUCCGAUUCCGACCGAUAUCAACUAUUCAAAGGAACGAAAAUGCCUCCUAUAUUGUGGUGGGGACAAGUGUACGGUUAUUUUCGACCCUCGUUGGAGAAAAAUGGCUUCUUCCUCAUUCUUCAUCCGGAGUCGGUGCUAACCUCUUUUGUCUGCAGCACCGUAGAUGACUUGACUCGUUGGGAGAAGAUCAUGAACGAUGGUUUCUCACAAUGGCGUGAGUCCACUCCAAUCAGUAUGGAAACUUUGGGUCUGGAGAUGGAGCAGGUACGUUCCGCGAUCGAACAGCGGUGGAUGCGCACGGAAGCCGUCUUGGAUUUGCUGCACGAAUUGGACGUAAGCCUCGAACACGCCUGGGCUGCCCGAACCUUCGUUUGUUUAACGCUGAUUGAGGAGCGACUAAAAUCCGCCAAGUCCAAGCUGAGCACAUCCGAUUCCGACUGUACCCCCAUCCACGCGCCUACCGGUGGAAGUGUACACUUCACAUUGUCAGAUACGCAGAAUCAGAGCAUUGCUGAGAUUGCCCCACCUUCCUCGAAAGUCACGAACACUGCCUCAACACCAGAGGUUUUGGAUAACCAGACUUUUAUUUGCAGACGUAAUGACGUUUCUAACUUAACUCGAACGCUCUCCAUGUUCCAACAAAUACUGGUACGGCUGCAGUUCUCUUUGGCUGGGAGUGUUUCUAGUGGACUUUAUCGGAGCGCAUCGGAUGUGGAACAGCGCAAACGACCUUCUUCAAAGCCGAUCAGGAAAAAUGAAACAUUCAGCGUUCGUGACGACACCUCCCCUUCUGGGGACCCUGCGGUUUUGGGCGACGUCGGGCGUAAAGCACAAUUGAGAAAGGUAACUAUGGGCUCAGUGUCAGCCGGUCUAAUUUGCCCUAUUUUCGCUAGGGAUUUCGCGAACAGUCAGCGUAUUGCGUCUGUCUUUUUCUACUAUCCCGCAGUUAGCACAUACGGCGCGAAUGACACCAGGUGGAUGAUAACAUAA